UUUGCUUUUCUUUUCAAGUGCACCUCCUCCUAAUCUAUGGUUUAAGUACAAAUAAUCCAGUUAACGGAGGAAAUAUGGAGACGGAAAUGGAGAUGGUGUCAGCAGAAAGUAUAGGAAUCGGAGAAGACCUAACCCCACCUCUCUCCCCGAUCUCCUACUCACUCCACGACGCUUUCCUUCACUCCCACUGCUCUUCCUGCUUCUCCCCUUUACCCUCCUCCUCUUCCCCCAAUCCCAAUCCCAAUCAUCAUCAUGGCCACGGUGGUCUUCUCUACUGCUCUUCUUCCUGCUGCGAAUCCUCUCAUUCCCCCCUCCACCACUUUUCUUCCUCCGCCCACCUUCUCUCCCCUUCUCUAGAGCCCUCCGACCUCCGAGUGGCUCUCCUCUUUCUUCUUCAAAUCAAACCCCACUUCAAUUCUUCUUACCAUCGUAUUUGCGGCCUCAUGUCCAACCGUCACCGUCUUCUUACAUCCACCAAUGACGACGAUGACCUCGCCAUCAGAAUAAGAAACGGAGCAAGGGCCAUGGCUGCUGCUGCUGCCACGGAUGGGGAAUUUCUAUUGGAAGAGGCUGAGGCGGUGUUGUGUGCGGUGCUAACCAACGCCGUGGAGGUUCAAGAUAGGAUGGGCCGAUCCGUGGGGAUUGCGGUUUAUGACACGUGUUUUUCAUGGAUCAACCAUAGUUGUUCUCCAAAUGCCUCUUACACCUUCCUGCCCCCGGAGACUCCAAGGGGUGGCCAACGCUGCUGCCUCAUCACUCCAUCGUCUUCCCAACCCUUUGAUGAUACUCCUUCUCACUUGCUUACAGGAUUGGCUGGUGGUCCGAAAAUAGUUGUUAGGAGUAUAAAGACGAUAAAGAAAGGGGAGCAGGUAACCGUUUCAUACACGGACUUGUUGCAGCCAAAGGAGUUGAGGCAGUCGGAGUUGUGGUCUAAGUAUCGAUUUACAUGUUGCUGUCAUCGAUGUGCUGCACAUCCUUUAACCUAUGUCGACCAACAUCUACAAGAUAGUUGCAGGAGCGAUGAUUUUGUUACAGAAUACAUAGAUGAUGCUAUUGAUGAUUAUCUGUGUUCCAACGACACUGAAUCUUGCUGCAAGAAGCUGGAGGAUGCUCUUUUGAAUCAUAAAACUAGGUUACAUCCACAAAACCAUUUGUCUCUCAAGGCCUACACAACUCUAGCUUCAGCAUAUUCAAGUGCAAGCGCAAUUGCAAUGGAGGAUGAAGAUGGUUUGAAAAUGAAGAGAUUCAGUGCAGCGUACUCUCUCUUACUUGCCCUACAAACACAUGAUCUGUUUCUCCAUGAAUCUAGUUUAAUUGCUUCAGUUUCAAAUUUCUGGAUCGGCGCUGGUGAAUCACUGAUAAAUCUUGCUACACGCUUAGUGUCAAGUCGUAAAUGGGGUGGGUGUGGGUGCGGGUGCAGGUCGAUUGAUAUACGUGAAGCUAACUUAGAGGUGUUGAAGGAAUAUGUUUUAAAGUGUAUAAGUGAUAUAAUAGGAGGUGGGAAGGUGUGGAAGUUUUUGGUUGGUGGAAACGGUUAUUUAGAAGUUGUUCCCAUGGAUAUGAGAUGGGUCGAGUCGAAGACAGUGGGUGAUGAUGAGUGUGUGGAUGGACAACAGGUAUUUGGGUUAGGUGCUCAUUGUUUGUUAUAUGGAGGGAUUUUGGCCAACAUUAGUGGCGGCCACGACUCGCCUUUGAGUUGUUAUGUUGGACGGCUUCUCGAUGAAUUAUAAAAAUGAAUUUGUUAAGAGCAGCUCCACUCUGAUUUAUCUACUUUAUUCUUGCAGCACGUUGUAGAGAAUCCAAUUAUUUGUUUUCACUCUAAAGCAAGCAACAGUGAAAGUCCCACCCACAUAUAUGUGUAGUGGUCAGUUUGACCCCCAACCAGGUUUCCCCUUUGAACUGCCUAUUGACAAAAGCGUACAAUCAACUGUUUGGCCGGGCCAAUUUUUAUGCUUUUCUUUUUUUGGGUACGAUUCCUGUCUUUUGAGUCUCACAUAUAAAUAUGUUAUGAUUAUACGAUACAAAUUCGAUUUACUUUACCUUUCGAUCCAAAUGCAAUACUUAUAUAGGUUACGUUGAGUUAAA